AUGAUUCGUCUUGUGGCUUUCCUUUCCUGCAUUGGGCUGAUUUGUGCUGAAACACCUUUCAACCAUAAGGUGCACAAUGAGAGGGUCAUAGGAGGCAAUGACGCCAUACCAAACACCUGGAGAUGGCAGGCUUCUCUCCAGUAUGAUUCAUACAACGAUGGCUCAUACUACCACAUGUGUGGAGGCACUAUCAUUGAUCGUUUCUACAUCAUGACUGCAGCUCACUGUAUCCUAAGCAUGGAUGCUAGUGCGUACCGUGUGGUGGCGGGGGAGUACGACCUGUACGAGUACGACGGCAGUGAGCAGUUCAGCCGGGUGGAAAUGAUUGCUGUCCAUCCAGGCUGGAAUGGAGACCAUGCCAGAGGAAAUGACAUUGCUCUCCUGAGGCUGGCGAACCCUUUGUAUAAUAACGGCCACGUGGCCAUCGCUGAACUUCCCUACCUGGAUCAGAUACUACCUCACGGGUUCACCUGUUACAUCACCGGCUGGGGACUCAUGGACUAUGGAGGGAGCAUCCCUAACAUCCUGCAGGUGGCCCCCAUCCCAGUGGUGGAGCAUUCAAUGUGCUCCAGGCCUGACUGGUGGGGCAGCAUCGCUCUGAAGACCAUGGUGUGUGCUGGAGGAGAUGGAGUCAUAUCAGGCUGCCAGGGCGACUCUGGCGGGCCCCUGAACUGCUACACUGGCGGGGCCUGGAGGGUCCACGGUGUCGUCAGCUACAGUCCACCCGGCUGCAAUCUAUUGAACAAACCCACCCUCUUCACCAGAGUGUCUUCCUUCCAUGACUGGAUCUACUCAGUGAGCCUCCUGGUAUAUCUAAUACAUAUCCAUAUCUGCAUAUUUCAAUUUCCUGACUUUUGUUUUUUUUGUUUUCUUCCAGAUUAUUCAAUAGGCUGA